CUUCCAGGUGCAAAUGAGAGCAGCACAAAAUGGCCAAAUAGGCCAACCCUACCGUGUACUACUCCCGAUUUAAGCGACUUCUGUUGCAGACUCGGCAAAUGAUUCAGGCAUUCAGCUGAAUUUGACACUUCGACCUCCUGUUUAUCUGCCAAAUGCUUGUCUGAAAUCGGAAGAUAUCUACACCUUUCUGAUACCAGCCACAUCUCUGAUCUCUCGCUGGCGCAACAGGGGCAGCCGAUAUGUUCUCAGGUUUGCCGUUCCACGGCGUGCUGCUGCUGUGCCUGUGCGCCCUGUCGUCCUGCUCGCCGUUCGAGCCAUCACAAGGCCGGAACGGCGACCGGGCUCAUGGCUACCGCCGCUUCGCCGACGUCCAGCGUCAAUGCCAGCCCGUGCUCUCCACGGCCGUCGAGCUACGUUAUUACCCGGAGCGCGAGCCCUUUUUCCGACGAGAGCUCGAGCGCAAGCUGUCCUUCGAGAAGGGUGACUGGCGGCAGCAGGACGCCGGGCACGCGCCCCUGCUGCCGUUUGACGGCAGCGACGUGGCGACAGGCGGUCGUGUGCCGCCGGACCCUCUGCGGCUCGCGACCUUCGUGCUCACGCACGUCGACGCGGACCGCGUUGGCCCGACCGCCGUCAACGUCAGCGGCGUCCUCGUGCUUUCCGUCGCCCGGGAGAGUGCCGGCGACGAGAUCAGGCCCGGGGCGCGCGUACCCGCCGCGUCGCCGGAGUUCGAGAUCCUGCCGGGCAGCACCAAGCUCAAGAUUCCCUUCGAAGGUGUCUACACGGAGAGAGUGGAGGGCGGCGGCGGCGGAGACGGCGAGAGGGUGCUGUGCAUGGUCGGGAGCGCCGUUAUCCCGACGCGCAGCACCAACGAUGGCGCCGCCGGCUCGUCGAAUUGGGGCCAGGUUUCUGCUCGGACAAACCUCCGGCCUCCGGUCAUCGCCGACAACAACAUAGUGCUCGUGAUAAGGUACCCAAAGUGGCAUACGCUGACAACCCGAGCUGUGCACGGCGAGAUGUGGAGCACCAAUGCUGUGUCGGACGCCGCCUACUUCGACACGGUCCGGCUGAUGUCAAAGAUUAGCGCGUACAACAUGGGGUACCAGUUCCAGUCGGACGAGCUGGUUGCGACGGCGUGCAGCCCCUGGCCGGCAAGCGACGCGAUGGCCGUGGAGAACCAUUCCGGCGAGCUGCACAGGGGCAUCUCGAUGUGCGAGGUCCUCAAUCGCUUCGCCACCGGUGCCACAACCUGGCAGUGCAGCUCCAAGGACCAGCCGUGCCGGUGGCCAGGGCCUUUCGAGGCCGGCACGGCCGCGGAUGGAGCUGGCGAGGCGUUGGCCGUCGCACUGCAGGACGUCCGGUGCCACCCGUCGAGCGACGCGGACGGCAGCAAGUACUCCGCGAGGGUGUCGGCCGUGUUCCGGGCGUUGUCUCCACGGGAGCACCGGCUCACGGCGGUCAAGCGGACUAGCCUGGACAGCAAGACGCUCGCCGUCGAGGGCGUGUGGAAGGCCACGGCGGGCCAGGCCUGCAUGGUGGGAUGCCUCGGCGGCGGCAGGAACGCGUGCCACUACCGUGUGUGCCUGUACGUCCCGACGACGUUCUCGAUCACCCGGCGCAGCAUAAUUCUCGGGCGCAUCACCAGCAUCAGCGCCGGAGGCGGCGAGGAGGAGACCCGCCCCCCGCUGUUGCUCGAACAACGGGUGCCCUCGGUGCGGCUCUGGGGCGUGUCCGACGUGUUCCCCUUCCGCAUGGCGUACAACUACACAAAGGUCGAGCAGGCCGGCGAGUUUCUCCGGAGGAGCGGCUCGGCGUUCAGCGCCCGCGACAUCGUCGCGAAAUCGCUGUCCUUAUCCUACCCGAAGAAGGGCACCACCGGCGACGACGAAGUGACGAGCCUGUUCCGUCUCGGCGACGAGCUUAUGCUCCGGUUCACCGCCCUGCCGGAUCUGUUUCCAUCGGAAUGGACCGAGCGGCCCGCGCUUUUCCUGGAGAUGCUCUCCGUCGAGCAGGCGGUCGGACCGAUCACGCCGCCGUCUUUUUGGCACGGCUCGUCCAUGGUGCCGGGCGACUCAGGCCAACCCGACGAGGAACCUGCUAGCUCGGUACGGCGAUCGCUGUGGAACGUGUCUGCCGAGCUCAGGAUCGUCGGGAAGCCUUUCGGUUGGAUGACUGCUUUGUCGCUGGAGGGCGUGUACAACCCAGAGGACGGCCGCAUGUUCCUCAUCGGCUGCUGGGAUGUCCGGCUCCCGGGGCGCAAUGUGUCGAUGAGCAGGGACCUCGAGGAAGGGAUGGACUGUUCCGUCGAGGUGAAGGUCGAGUACCCGCCGACGACCACGUACCGGCUCAUCGGCUCGACGGCGAAGGUUCACAUAACCAGCACAAGAAGUGCCGGCGACCCGCUGUAUUUCGGCGCGGUUAAGCUCGAGGCGCUGCCGCUCAUGUACCAGAAGCAGUGGCGGGACGCGGGUUCCGGUGGAGUCAUCAACGGCGCCCUCUGCAUCGUCGUCCUGUCGGUCGCCAUCGCCGCCUCGCUGAGCCAGCUGCGCUACCUCAAGUCCCACGCCGACGUGGCACCAUACGUCUCCGACGCCAUGCUCGCCGUCCAAUUCUUGGGUUACGGCUUGCCGCUAAUCACCGGCUCCGAGGCGCUGCUCGAGAAGGUGACCUUCGGCUCCCAGGCGACCAAGCCGCCGCCGUCCUCGUCCUACGCCGCGGCGGCCGGCACGGACGACGAAGUGUACCGCGCCAUCGGUCAGAUGUCGAGGGCCCUCCUCCUCGCCGCGCUGCUCCUCACGCUGCGCAUCGGCCACAAGGUGCGGCGGAGCCGGGCGCGUAUGCUGGCGCGCUCGCCGCUCGAGCCGUGGCGCGUGCCGGCCGACCGGAAGGUGCUUGCGUACAGCUCCGGAGCGCCUCUGGCCGCGUUCUCUCUCGCCGUCGCGCUGAACGGGCAGGCCAUGUCAGUCGAGCAGCUCGUCGCGCUGACGCAGGACCUGUUCCUGCUCCCGCAGAUGAUCGGCAACGCGGUGUGGCGCGUCAACUGCAAGCCCCUCGCGGGGAGCUACUACCUGGGCAUCACCGCCGCGCGCGUGCUCCCGCACGCGUACGAUUACCUGCGGCCGCCGGCGGUUGACCCGUACUCCGACCAGUACUCCAACGAGUACUCGCAAAUGUCCAGGCCUGUCGACCUGGUGGUUCCGCUCGUCGCCAUCGUGCUCGCACUCGUCGUGUACGUGCAGCAGCGGUGGAAUUACGCCAUUGUUAGCAGGAUGUGUAAGGCGGAACAGAAGAAAUUGCAGCACAUAUUCUAGGAGA